ACGUCGUAUUUCUCUGCCCUAAUGAUUACAAAGGUGCUCGGCAACUUCGAGGAUGGCGACAAACGGUACCGCCAACGGUGCGUCAUCGCGCCCUCCGACAGGAAUCAAAGUGGUCGUUGUGGGUGCUGGAUUUGGUGGUCUAGGUGCUGCGAUAGAAUGCCAUCGCCAAGGCCACGAUGUCGAGAUUUACGAAGCAUUCCCAGAGUUAAAACAACUGGGAGACAUCAUUUCGUUCGGGCCAAAUGCUGGGCGUAUCUUUUAUCGGUGGUCGAAUGGCGACGUCGUUCGUCGUAUGCGACCACUAAGCAUCGAUUUGACUACGUACGGCUUCAAUAUUCACAAGUAUGACACCGGCGAGAUUGUCAUCAACCAGAAAACACCAGCCUAUUCCGAAGAAGCACCAAAUUUCAAUGGACAUAGGGGUGAAUUGCAUGAAGUGGUAUUCAACUAUGCAAGAGACGAUCUCAGCAUACCAAUUCAUUUGGGAAACAAAAUCUCUACGUAUUUUGAGGACGAGGAUAAAUCAGGAAUUGUGCUCGAAAGCGGCGAAAGGGUAUCAGCCGAUGUGGUUAUCGCAGCAGACGGUGUUCGAUCUAAAGCUCGAAAAUCCGUACUGGGAUAUGAAGACAAACCUAAGAGUAGCGGAUAUGCCGUGUGGAGAGCCUGGUUUCCGAACAAGGACAUGAUCGCAGACCCUCUGACCGCUCAAUUCUGUGAGAAUGGUGAUACAUUCAAUGGCUGGAUCGGCCCUGACAUGCAUUUCCUCUUCAGCACCAUUAAAGAUGGUACCGAUUGCUGUUGGGUCUUAACCCAUCCUGACGAACACAACAUUGAUGAGUCAUGGAGCUUCCCUGGUAAGCUCUCUGAAGUCAAAGAGGCGAUCAAAGACUGGGAUCCAAUGUGCAAUCGAAUCGUGUCCAAAACACCAGAAGAGAUGUUGGUCGACUGGAAACUAGUGUAUCGAGACCCUAUGCCUACAUGGGUAAGUCCUAAGGCAAGAAUCCUCCUAUUGGGAGACUCAGCGCAUCCCUUCCUGCCUACCAGCGCACAGGGAGCGACACAAGCACUCGAAGAUGGCGUCUGCAUCGCCGUCUGUCUUCGAAAGGGCGGGAAGCAAAACGUGCCAACAUCUGUGCGUGCCCACGAGAAGAUCCGGUAUGAACGUGUUCGUGAGACGCAGAAGACAGGGGAGUCGACCCGAGACAUGUGGCACAAGACAGACUGGGACAAGGUCAAGGAAAAUCCCGAGAUUAUCCAAUUUCCCCGACUGGACUGGAUCUUCGAGUUUGACACCGAGAAGAACGCCGAAGAGACGUACGACAAGGUUGUAGAAAGUUUAUCUGCAGCAGAGAUCCCGUGUCAAUAGAUUCAUUAAAGAGAGGCAGAUCUUACAUGUAGCAAUUAUAGGCUUAGGUUGAACUUGAAUGCACAGAACUUAGAAGAGCACUAUAAGUAACUCGAAGCGGCUUUACUCAGAGGCAUUGAUAUUGGGGAAUUCCAAUAUGGUGUGCACUGAUAUA